UUUGGCAGCUUGGAAGAAGUUUCGAAAUUAAAAGAGAGGAAGGUGGUAGGAUACAAAUGUAAGUUCUGUGUCGAAGUUCAUCCGACUCUUCGCGCCAUCUGCAAUCAUCUUCGUAAACAUGUCCAGUAUGGGAAUGGUUCCUCAGUCUCUACUGGAGUCAAGCAGGAAGCUGAAGAACCUUCACAUGCAGCUUUCUUGGAGGGUAUUGAGGGAGCCAAAGACCAUAUGGCCACUAUGGAACUUGCAGAAGCUGAAUCUGGACCAUCACUGGAAGAUGAAACCAGACCUGGUGGCUACCAUUGCAGCCAGUGUGAUCGGGUUUUGAUGUCUAUGCAGGGUCUACGAUCGCACGAGAGGAGUCACUUGGCCUUGGCCAUGUUUACUCGCGAAGACAAGUACAGCUGCCAGUACUGUUCCUUUGUUUCUGCAUUCAGGCACAACCCUUCAGGAGACUCAUAUCCACUCUUCUGGCAGAGUUUGGAUCGCCAUAUGCAAGCACACCACGGACAUCACAAACCAUUCCGCUGCAAACUCUGCCCUUUCAAGUCCUCCUAUAAUAGCCGGCUGAAAACUCACCUACUCAAAGUCCAUGCUGGUGAACAUGCGUACAAAUGUUCCUCCUGUUCAUUUUCCACCAUGACAAUCAGCCAGCUAAAAGAGCACUCCCUGAAAGUGCAUGGGAAGGCAUUGACACUACCAAGACCACGAAUUAUCAGCCUUGUAACCUCGCAUGCUCAACAUGCCUCCAAGAACCACACUACUGCUGAAGAAGUGGAAGACUCGAAUGAUUCUUCCUAUUCAGAGCCUCCUGAUGUCCAGCAACAACUGAACCACUAUCAGUCCGCAGCCUUGGCAAGGAAUAAUAACAACAUUAGCCCCGUCCCACUUUCUGGAGGAGACCAGAAAGCCGAAGCCAUCCUUAACUGUGAAUUUUGUGAAUUCACUUCGGGUUACAUACAGAGCAUUCGCCGUCAUUAUCGUGACAAACAUGGAGGGAAGAAGUUGUUCAAGUGCAAAGACUGUUCAUUUUACACAGGCUUUAAAUCUGCUUUUACUAUGCAUGUGGAAGCUGGGCAUUCAGCAGUUCCAGAGGAAGGACCCAAAGAUCUCCGUUGUCCUCUCUGUCUCUACCACACCAAAUAUAAACGGAACAUGAUCGACCAUAUUGUCCUUCAUAGAGAAGAGCGAGUGGUUCCCAUAGAAGUUUGCCGUUCCAAGCUGUCCAAAUAUUUGCAGGGAAUCGUUUUCCGCUGUGACAAGUGUACCUUCACCUGUUCCAGUGAUGAGUGUCUACAGCAACACAUAGAGAAGCACAAUGAGCUGAGACCUUACAAAUGCCAACUCUGCUACUACGAGACCAAGCACACGGACGAGCUCGAUGCUCACCUUCGCGAUGAGCAUAAGGUGAAUCGCAAUUUUGAGCUGGUUGGACGGGUUAACUUAGAUCAGUUGGAGCAAAUGAAAGGAAAAGAGGAGAGCUCCAGCAGUGAUGAGGAAGAAAAGGAUGAGGAGAUGAGCCCCGAGACAGAAGAGAGAGGGAACAUGAGGUUUUCAGAAAACGGUCCUCCUGAAAAACGCUUCCCCUGUGAAUUUUGCGGGCGAACAUUUGCUGAAGGCUCUGAAUGGGAACGGCAUGUGCUGAGACAUGGCAUGGCAAUGAAUGAAACCAACCGGGUCAUCAGUGACGAAAGCCAGGCCAAAGAGAAUGCAGAAGAGACGGUUAAGGUACCAUUGGCAGAAGAAAUGGAAAGCAGCCCAAAGAGACUGGUGGACUUUUCCCACAAGAACGAAGCUGCCAUCUGUGUCACUGUUGCUGCUACUGCUGCUGCUGAUAAUAAAUCACUCCCAGAGAUGGCAGAGGUCAAAAGUGAAUGAGCACCUGGUGUGAUUUCCGACAACCUACUUGAACAGUGAUGAAUGGGGAGGGGGCGGGCAGGGGGACAAGGAAGAAUCAAAGCUGCUUUUAGGACUGAAUGAUCUAUUUUCAAAGCACUGGUACCUGUGUGUGUGUGUGUGUGUGUGCGCGCACGCAUGUGUGGGCGUGCGUGGGUGGGCGUGUGUGUACAUAGAUUAAAUUUAUUUAAUUGAGGACGGUGGGAUCCAUGGCUCCACGACACCCACAUGACUCUUCUGGAUCUCGACAAUGGGAAGUUACACGGUCAUAACUUUGGACUUGGCGAGAAUCAAAUUCCCAGACGCGUCUUGCAUUUUGCCUUUGUGCUCCACUGCUGGAGACUUCGGGAUUCUUUCGACGACGGAGGCGUCCCAAGGAUGGAAGAAUGCAGGGGACAAAGUUCCGUGCCCAACUUUGGGGCACUCUUUUUUUUUUUUCUAGUUUUAAUAUACAUAUUACGCUUUUCCAGAGUGACAAAAAAAAAAAAAAAAACAAGAAAAAAAAGAAAGUUAAAGACUGCUUUGGCUUAAAACAGUCACCUGUUUCCUAGUACCUCAGAAUUAACCAAGGGAAAUUAAAAACAAAACAAAAAAACACAAAACAAAUCUCUGCAUUUGUGAGUACUACCUGUUGUUGUUGUGGUUAAAUAUAUAUAGAAAGACAGACUGCUGGGCAAGAUGGUGAAUGGAAGAAAAACCACAAAGUUUUAAAAGAAAGAGAAGAAAACAAAAAAAAAUAGUGCUCAAAAAUCCCUGUGGGGGGUUUAUUUCUUAAAAUACUGUGAUUUUUUUAAUUAUUUUAGUAAAAAAACAAAACAAAAAAGAGAGAAUUCCUAGAUACUGUCUGUGACUUGUCAUCUUUUAUUCCAGGUAAGCUGUUUGUUAGCGUUCAGCUAUGAUUUUAGGGCGUUGGGUUUGUUUGUUGGUUGGGUUUAUUAUUAUUUUUUUAAGACUCAUGUGAUUGACUCUGUGCCGUUCUCGUUUGCCCCAUGUCUACGUCGGCUCAGCCUGAGGGAUUACAAUACAGCACAAUUAAUUUUUUUCCCAUGUAAAGUAAUGUUACUUCCCCCGCAUUUCUCCUUUGCUCUCACCCAAUGUGAUAGGGCUGGGAAGGAGAAGUAAUUAUGGUGAAUAGAUGAUGA